AAAUUGAACGUGGUCACACCAACUUAUUCACAGGAGGAUUUGUAGUUGUGGAUACGUUGCAUCCUCAACAGGUAGAUCUGGUCAGGCAGGUGGAGUAACAAAGGUGUGCAUGGAUCAAAACCCCUGACCUACACUCACAACAUUCAUAGGCUUCACAAACUGAUCUCCCUUCAGUCCGCGUGGAGCAGCAUUAUCGGGCCUAUUCAUAGAUUGGUACCGGUGCCGCUCGUGCACCCGGGCUUAUUACACCAUUAAUCGAAGUAGUAGGAAGGACCGAGUGUGAGGCAUCCUGCCGCCGUGCACGCCCCUAACAACACACGUUACAGUCGGAACAAGGAAGUUCAUUCACCUGCGUUGCGUCUCUAUCCAGAUUGUUCACUUUCCGCCACAGAUCACCAGCGCCAAUUGUCUUUUAGAAGCCACGCCAUGGCAGCAGCCGAUGAGAAGAGAACGCAGCCCGGCGAAGAGGAGCAGCAGCCUCCGCUGGGCUCUACAGCCGCCCACCCGGGGCACACGGAGCCGCCUCCCCCCACGGAGGACCCGCAGCAGCCUCCCCCCACGGAGGACCAGGGACACACGGAGCCGCCUCCCCCUACGGAGGACCCGGGGCACACGGAGCAGCCUCCCCCCACGGAGGACCCGGGGCACACGGAGCAGCCUCCCCCCACGGAGGACCCGGGGCACACGGAGCAGCCUCCCCCCACGGAGGACACAGAGCCGUCCGAGGGCCCGGAGGAGCGGGCAGCGGAGGUCGGAGCGACCCGCCCCCCGCAGAGUGACAACUCCGUGGAGCCCUCUCUGCAUCAUUUUAAGAUGAGGAAAUUCUUCGUGCUGAGGCCUGGCACACUGGAACAGGCCAUCAAAGACGUGACAGCUCUGGUGGAAGAAGUCGACGGCAGCCUUCACAGUGUUUGGCUGAUGGCAGAGGUGGAUCACUGGAACAAUGAAAAAGAGCGCCUCGUCCUCAUCACGGACAACUCUCUGCUGGUCUUCAAGUACAACUUCGUCAUGUUCAAUUGUGAUCAUAUCCUGAGGAUCCCAUUGAACAUUAUAGACCGCAUCUCCCACGGUCCAUUCAGCUUCCCCAAGCACUCACUGCUUCAGAGGGAGGGGGAGGGGCUGCGGCUCUUCUGGGAUCGGCAGAGGGAGCCCUCCUUUACCUCCAGGUGGAACCCCUUCGCCAUUGACUUCCCCUUCAUCACCUUCAUCAACCACCCCGUGAGGAGUGUCAGCGGCACGUUCGCUGCCAUGUGCCAUAUUGAGAACUUUCAAGAGCGGAUCAAAGAGGCGGCGCAGAAAGCCCACGCCAUGAAGCCGUUUCCUGGGAAGGCCAACGGCGUCCUGGUCCUAAAGCAGCCGAUCCACACCGAUGCCUACGUGGGCCUCAUGUCUUUCCUCGGGAACCAGAACAAACUGGGCUACAGCAUGGCUCGAGGAAACCUCGGCUUCUAGAACCCUUCUGCUUUUCAUAGUUUUGCUGUCGCUCGACUAGUUGAAAAGAGAUUAUUAAGCCCUGACUUCAUGUUUGUGCGUUGGUUCUGUCAAACCCUUUCAGGACAGACCAAAGACGUUUCCAGUUUGGGAUUUUCUUGGGCGUCUCGUUGAAGGGUGGAUUCUCCCGAUGUUCCGUGUGAGGUUUAAACAACCCUGUGAUCCCCCCCCUUAUUUCGGCAGAGAGCUUUGUAUUUGCUCCUCAGCAUCGGUCUCCUUUCUUCCUCCCCCGGUGUGUCUGUUAAAUAUCUCAUUGCCAUACCGCUGAGCUACCCUCAGAGAUUCUCCAAACACUGGGGAGGGGGGCAUUUCUGUGCAUGGUUUUAUAUUUUUAUCAUUCGCCGUGUGUUUUUACAAUACAUACAGUUUCCCCUUGAUGUGUGUUUAAUGUGUGUUGCUCCACCUGGCGUGUUGUCACAGUAUGUAUUUUGUUCUCUUUUCCUUUGUGGUGGUAUAGAAUUACAGAUGUCGUCUAUGCCAAGUUUGUAUUGCUCUAUAAUAACCUCAUCUCCAUUCUGAAUGAGAAAGCCUCCUGGAACAUGAAGGUGGUGUUAUCACACCGUCGAAACUUACUCUAAUGUAUUCCUUCAUUCUAAAUGUUCUAAAAGAAAAGAGAGAAAUCCCAUUUCUGUAGUGGAAGUAAGUGAAAAGAGAAUCUGAUGUCCAAGAAAUGUUCUUACAAUUAUCUGCUGACAUACAAACAUUUCUUUUCCAAUGCAAGUCUGUGGGAAUGAGUAUUUUUUAAACUCCGCUUAAACACAAAUGGAGAAUAAAAGCCAAGCAGGACGUGUGCAGCCUGUGACAGAGCUACCAGAAGGACGUCUGUGCUCAGUCCUUCAGUAAGAAACAGUACUGUACAGUAUGUAACAGUACUAUGUUCAAUGAGAACCGCUUCAAUAAGUUUUUCUUCACAGCUUUUGAAAAUGGAGAAGACAACACACCAGAAGAACUCUUCCUCAAACUAAACACUAGAGGGCAGCCGAGGUGUGCCAUCUUCAACAUUCACCUUCUGCUUCAGGCAGCAAUGUCACAGAACCCGAACGAGAGGGCAUUUAAAAACUCAUGCAGCAUAUAAUAAAAUAAAUAAUUAAAGCUGCGAUCCGCGUUGGACGGGUCCUCGCUACUCCUUGCACGUCGGGGCACUGCUCGGACGGUUACAAAGGCGUCCGAGGAACCCUGCGGCCGUCGGACGAAGCGUUCCCAAGUCAGUGGUCGUUAACCGUGUGGAGCACCCACAGGAAUGCCGCUUUGCAAACUUUAUCUUUGACAUUAUCAUGGUCUUAGGCCUUUUAUGUCAACAUAUAACCAGGAGCUUCUGAUAUACCAUUAAAAAUUAAAGCCUCUCAGAAUACCAUACAUGAGACAAUUUCCUUCAAUAUCUCAAUCCCCAGACUUCAUUUUGUCAUUUUCAGAUUAGAUUUAAAAGGAAACUGUCAGAUGGGUCGAGCUGGUGCAGGUCGAAGAAGGCAGGCAGGACUCAAAUGCAGGAUUCAGUUUUCCGGAAUGUGCUUUUUAUUCAACACAAAAAACUAACAGAAGCCAAAAGAACGUGCACCAACAAUGACUGACGUUAGACAAUGACGCGACAAGGGACAACAGACACACAGGGCUUAAAUACACAAGGGAGGUGCAGGUGAUUGGACACAGGUGGAAACACUCAGGCAAUCACAGGACAAGGCAGGAAGUGAA